AUGAAGGUCUCCACGCUCCUCGGUCUGCUUCCCGGCGCUGUUCUUGCAUCCGAUGUCUUGAGCGUCGCAUUCUACGCGAAAGAGAAGAACCAGCUUUACGACUUCAUCUCGGCCAACAGCGAGAUCGACUAUGGCUGCCGUCCUGUUGUCAUGGCUGCGGGGGGCGAGCACAAGCUGCACGCUGUCAUCUCAGAGGACCAUUUGGACCACUUCAAGCGAAGCCUGGACCCUGAGCUCGUUCGCGUUGAGCUUCUACACAACAUGAACAAGCGACAGACUGCGACUGCACCCAUUGGCAAGGGUGAUCGCUUCAAGGGUGGAAAGGUUGCGCCCCGGGGACUCGGGACUAGGAAGCCCAGCGAGUACGCCCAGCUCCAGAGCGCUGGUGUUUUCAACGCAGACGAAGUCUACACCGCCAUGAAAGGUCUGGAGAAAGAGUACGGCAUGUCCAUCUUCACCACGCCACACAAGACCUACGAAGGUGCGAACAUCAUCGGUGGUGUUGCCAACAAGGCAGAGAAGAUCAAGAAGGACAAGCAGUACAUCUACUUCACUUCAGGCAUUCACGCACGUGAGCGCGGAGGACCUGACAACCUGAUCUACUUCGUCUCUGACCUUCUUUAUGCGAACGAGCACCGUAUCGGUCUCACUUACGGCAACAAGAAGUACACCAACAGCCAAGUCAAGAAGGCUCUCGGUGCGGGAGUAGUCUUCAUUCCCAUGCUGAACCCAGAUGGUGUGCGCCACGACCAAGCCAACAGCAACCUCUGGCGGAAGAAUCGCAAUCCAGCUUCUGCUAGGCCCAACGAACCCCUCAGCGUUGGUGUAGAUCUGAAUAGGAACUUUGACUUCCUCUGGAACUUCACUGAGAAGUUCGACCCUUCCGUCUCCCCAGCUUCAACGAACCCCGCUUCCCAGGCCUUCUAUGGCACCGCACCAUUCUCCGAGCCUGAGUCGCGAGACAUGGCCUGGGUGUAUGACGAGUACCCAAACAUCCACUGGUACAUUGACGUCCACUCUGCUGCCGGAACUCUGCUCUACUCAUGGGGAGACGACGUUGACCAAUCCCACGACCCCAAGCAGAACCUGUUCAACCCUGCCUACGACGGCAAGCGCGGUAUCGUCGAGGACGACCUGUACAAGGAGUACAUUGACCAAGAGGACUGGGACAACAUCCGCAUCGCAGCCAACCGCACCACCGAUGCCAUGAUUUCCGUUGGAGGCCGCGAAUACGUUCCCCAACAGGCUGUUGGUCUUUACCCUACUUCCGGCGCGACAGAUGACUGGUCUUUCAGCCGAUGGCAGGGUAAUAAGAAGCUCACCAAGGUCUACGGAUACACCAUGGAGUUUGGUUACCCAACUAACUUCUACCCUACGAGCGAGGAGUACAUCCAGAACAUCAUUGACACCAACGCUGGUUUCAUGGAGUUCAUCCUCGCUGCUGUUGAGAUUGGUCUUAAGGCUUGA